AUGAAUGCCUAAAAACUUCCCCAUUUGUCGUCGCCAAAGCGGCCUCAAACAAAAGCAAAGGCCAAGUCAAUCACCAUGAAUUUAACGAUCAAAGAUUCUCUAUAAGAAAUUUCAACAUUUCGAACAACAACUUAGAGCAGAUCAAACAUUUAAUUAUCUCAGACUGACAGAUUAAAAACAUACUCCGAUGUUUCCUAUCUCAAUUUUCGAAAUGUAACUAAUAAACAGUCUUCUGUCUCUUCUCCAAAAAUACCAUUAAGUAAUAUUGCUCGAGAUCCAUAAUUAUACGAAUUCGUAAAAUUAUCGGUUAUAUAUUUAGCACAGUUAAGCCAAUAGAACAAACAUCUACACAUCUAUUAUUAAGGAAAACGUAAAAGGAACCUUUAUAGACAAUCCUGCUGAAUUAAAAAUAUAUGAUAAAACAAUCGAUUUUUCUCCCUUACUCCAAAACAUCAAGAUACAUUAAUUUAAAUAUUACCUUCAGUCGAUUUUACAAUAGGAGUGCAAAACUAUCUUUGAUACCAAAUGUCCUCCAAAUAGACAACAAGCUAUUGAUCUGUUAUUGUGGUUUGAUAAAAUGAUUCAAGCUUUAAAGACCGACAAUUUGCGAUUAAUAACUGAUUUAACAAAUUAAUUGCAAUAAGUUUAUUAAACAUGCAUCCAUGAAUUGGCUAGACAAAUAUCGUACGAAUGCAAAGAAAGAGGAACAUUGUUAUUAAUUAUUUGGAAUUCCUUUGUCUCCUUUAUAGAAAUGCUCAUCUAAAAUGUAGCCAUGAAUUUUGAUGAAAUGGAAGCCCAAUCAAUAGACACAGUUCAUAGAAUUCAAAAGACCCAUCAAACAUUUGUCCAACAAUUGCAAUAAGAAAUUUAUUAAUUAAAACAAUAAAUAGAAUAAUUGGAAUCAGAGAAGACAGAAUUGAACGAUAAAAAUAUAUAUUUAGCCAAAAAAAAUCUCUAGUUGACCAAUGAGAUAAAACUACUAGGCUCUCAAUUAGAUGAAAUGACUGACAAUCAUAAUAAAGUGUAUAAUGAAUUAAUCCAAACUAAAUUGCAAAUAGAAACUCACUCCUCUUAACAAACAUAAACUACUCAAAAGAUUAAAAUUGGAAUCCAAGAAGGCCAAUCCGUUGUAGCACAUCUAUUAUCAAUGAAAAAUACAAUGUUUUCUAAAUUACAAAAGAAAACCUCAAUUCAAUUCGAGAAAGUUGAAUAACUCAGAGAGGAUGAAGAAUAUUUUAAGCAAGGAUUAUCAAAAACAGAUAUUGAUUAGUUAAAUUCAACAUUUCAAUACUAAAAUAUGUUGAAACUGCAAUCAAGGGCUAUGAUACCAAUUAACACAGAAGAUAGUAUGAUAUUUAAUUAUCUUAGAGGAUGUUCAAACCGAUUCCUCUUUUUCAUUUCUAUUCGAUCAUAUUGAUAAUUUAUUCAAUCAUAGAUGGAGUGAUUAAGGUCCCAAAAUGUAAUCAUUUUUAUGAAAUUUUAGUUAGAUCUCAAAAAAUGAGAUUACUCAGAAUUACAAAGAAUAAUUAAUAGAACUUUUACAAUUCUGCAAUAGCAAUUAAUCAGAGUCUGAUGGUGAAAUAAAAAAGAAAUUUAUUGAAUAAAUGCUUGAAUUGCAAGAACAAAAAGUAAAUGCAAAAUACUACGAACAAACCUUAUAAGAAGCCACUUAAGAAUUUAUAGAACUGCUUAAAAAGAAAAAAUAGAAAAUCAAAAAACUUAAGAAGAGCCAAACACUCCUAUAAAAUCGCCUUAAUUCUAGUAAAUAUUAUUCUAUAGAUUUCAAGUGUAAAGUGAAAGUAGUCCUCCUAAAUAAGAUAUUCCAUAAGUGCUAGUUAAUUCACCUGGAGUGAAAACUCCAUCAUUUAGAAACUCCACGGUCUUUAAUCAAUAGGAUGCUCUGUAAGAAGACAUUAUUGAAAGUGACGAGAAAAGUGAAGAGGAUUCAAUAAUGCAAAACAUUUAAUAAUAUAGUAAUUAGAACCAAAACCAACACAAUUUUGAUUUCGACUAAUCAAACAAUUAAAAUCUCAAUAUGAAUGAUGAGGAGUUCAAAUAAUUUUAGGAUAAUUCUGCUGAAGAAGACUAUCUAAUUAAAUAAGAAAUAUAAGAAAACUAAAAUUAGGAAGAUCACACUUAGGAGAAUAACAAUUUGAGUGUAGAUAUCAAAAAUAGUGAAUCAAAUCACUCAAAGGAUGUCAAAAAUUCUUAAAAUAAGAAUAAUUUAAACACUAGUGCCAGUAGAAAGAAUAGCAAAAGUAGUCAAAGCAUAGAGGACUUGGAAUAACAACACUAAAAAUAAAAAAAUUUAUCUCCAAUUAAGAAUUAAUCAAAUAGAAAAUCCUUAUAGAUUAAAAGUUUAUCAGCUAUAAAGGAUUUGGAUGAUGAACCGAAGUAAUAGCAAUUAAAAAGAAAGCAUUCAAAAGUUGUCAAGCAUACACACUAAAAGUCUAGCAAUACUAUAAAUACUCUUGAUUAAUCAAGUGAUGUUAAUGAGAGUGAAAAUCUAUCCUUAGUUUCUAGUGAUGAUUUAUCGGACAAAGCAAAAGAAGAAGACAUUAAGAAAAUAGAAAAAAUAAGAAGUCUUGUUUAAUAAUAUGGAGGAGCUAAUAUUUAGAAAAGAAGAUUCACUAAACCAGUUGCAAUCAAAUUAUCUUUGCUAUCUGAUUUAAAAAAAGAAAAAAGGGUCAAAAGAAUUUAUAGUCAAAAUACAGAUGCUGCAAAUUCAUUGUUACACGAGGUUAUGAAUGUUAAAAUGAAAAAACAAAAAGACUCAAUCAUCCCUAUUUCGUCAAUUAUCAAAAUUUUUAAUACUAUCUUAGCUGAUACUGCAAAAAAUCAAGAAGGAUAUAAAAUUCCAUUGCAUGUUAGUAUUUAUGACUUUUUCUUAAAAAAGUAUGGUUUUAAAAAUGUGGCUGAAAAAAAAAUUAAAUAGGUACAAUUAAAUAUAAUAUUCAUUAGUUACUUUAAUUCAUCUUUCAUAAGAAAAAUUAAUACCCAAAAUUAUGUUUGAUCUCAAGGUUAUGCUAUAUGGAUGAUGAAAUGGAUGAAGCUGUUUAUAAAUUAAUUGUGGAAUCAAUUAAAUACUUUCAUAAUAAGUAAGUAUCUAAUUUAUUUAGAGAAAUAUAAUUAAAUAAACCUGAAAUCAAUUUAACAUAUGAAUAGCUCAUUGAAUAUUGCAAUGAUUUUCUUUAAUAGCUUCUUGGAUAAAGCUAUAUCACUUAGCUCUUACAGCAAUUAAAGCAAACUAAUAAUAAAUGUAAUUUUAUUGUAAUAAUAUCAGCCAUUGUUUUUGAGAAUGUAAUGAUAUAGGUAAUGAAUCUCUAUUUUUAAAAAAAAAGAUAAUGUGAAGAUAGUUUGAAAUUGAUAUUUCAGGCCGCAGAUUUGGAUGGAAAUAAUCUUAUUGAAUUCUCAGAAGUAUUAUACAUUUAGCAUUUUUAGUUCAAAAAUUUAUACAAAGCAAUCCAUAAUAACAUAUAUGAUAAAAAUACUGCAUUAGAGCAAUUCAUUAGUUAUGCUGAUUACAUUGAAGAGUUGUCCAAAAAUAAAAUGAUAACUCUCCCUAGAUUUGCAGAAAUGGCCAUUGAACUUAAUUUGUUUUCUAAGGAACAAAUAAAUUAAUAUAGCAAAGGAUUCGAAACUCUAUUACAAGAAUGGGAAGAAUAAAAGAAUUUUAUCAAGUAUCGAUAUUUGAAGGCUGAAAAAUUUCCAAAAGUUAAAUUCACUUUUAAUUUAUUAACUGAAUAAAUUAAUUUACUGAAAAAAAAAUAAAAAACAACCCAUGAUCCUUAAAGUAAUAAUUGAUCUAUCUUAGCACUUUGGGUAAGUUACAAAUUACUACAAGAAAAAUCAUAAAGAGUUGUAUUAAAGUAAUAUUUAUUUCUAUUUAAGCCAUGAAGCCAGAGAAUGUUUCUUUGAUCUAGUUCCUCACGAAUUUUGGAUAGUAUAACAAGGGUACAGAGCUAUAGAAGAACUUUGCAUUUGA